GUACCUCUGUGCUGGGAUUAUGUAACUCGCUAUUGGAGUUAACGACAGUUUCGUUAUCGUUGCGCAGCUUUUGUAUAUCGUAGAAAAGCUGUACAAUGAUAACGAAAUUGUCGUUAACUCCAAUAACGAAUUACAGAAUCCCAGUACAAGUAGUAUAUAUUUCAAUGAGUCUAAGGCUAACUCUAAGUGCACCAAUUUAGGCAGUUCAACUAAAAAGAACAGACUUAGUUCGUUGCCGCCACAAUUUGCAGUAAUAUCAGCUACGUGUCUGUAUUUAUUCACACAAAAUUAUUUUCAAUUUACGCACAAGUGUUGUUUCUUUUUGAGCUAUUUAUACAAUCCAGUAAACGUACACAUAUCUCUCAAUAUGGAUAAUUCAGAAAACGGUGAAUCAAAUAUAAGCGAGCCAAGUGAAAAUCGCAUCGAUAAUGGAGAAAGUACGCAAGAGUUGCAGGAAGAAACCGAAAAUGCUUUACACGGCGAUGAGGAACAGCGAGAAAAAUUAUUACAACUGCCUCUGGGAAGAAUUAAAACAAUUAUCAAAACAGACCCGGAAGUUCACUUGAUUAAUCAAGAAGCCGUGUUCCUGAUAGCAAAAUCAACGGAACUUUUUAUUGACUCGCUUGUGAAGGAAGCUUAUAAGUAUACCAUGCAAGCAAAGAAAAGAACUGUUCAAAAACGUGAUGUAGAAACUGCAAUUGACAAAGUUGAUGCGCUUGUAUUUUUAGAAGGUACAAUGGAUUAAUUAUAUAAUAUACUUAAUAUUUGUUAUCAUAAAAUUUCAAUAAAUUAUUUUAAGAUUA